AUGGUACUGAAACGAUUAACCCGCCAAUAUCUGGUAGUUAGAGUAAACGCUUUAUGUGUAGGUGCGAAACUCUUCGUCGUUGUUGGUUUAUUUGCUUUGGCCACAUUGGCUGCCGCCGAUGUCAGCCAUUUGGGUAAAUACAAUUAUCCAGCUCCAUCAUCUGGCUCCAGUUCCACCGAGGUGGCUACCUAUGCUCCUCAGCAUGCCCAAAGCUACAGCCAGUCCACCUCCCAGUCUCAGGCUCAAGUUGAGUCGAUCAGACCUUCGGUGCCCAUUGCCAGCUUCUCGGUGCAACAGACCAGUGUAGAUAGUUACUCAACUGCUCAAUCCAGCUCCUCUGGAUCCUACAGUGCUGCUGCACAACAACAAAGUUACUCAGCUCCUGCCUCUUCCGGUGGCACCCACAAUGCCUAUCUCCCACCUGCUCAGGAACAAAGCUACAGUGCUCCCGAACCUCAACAAUCCUAUGAAGCUCCAGCCCCAGCUCCACAACAGAGUUACUCUGCCCCAGCUCAACAAUCUUACUCUGCCCCUGCCCCAGCUCCACAACAAAGCUACUCUGCCCCAGCUCAACAAUCUUACUCUGCCCCUGCCCCAGCUCCAGUGCAACAAUCCUAUGCUGCCCCAGCUCAACAAUCUUACUCCGCUCCUGCUCCAGCUCCAGUGCAACAAUCUUACUCUGCCCCUGCUGCUGCUGCCCCAGCUCAACAAACCUAUGCUUCCUCUCCUGCCGGUUCUUAUAACUACCAAGCUCCAGCUCCUGCCCAACAAUCUUACUCUGCCCCAGCUGCCGCUGCUCCAGCUCCAGCCCAACAAUCCUACUCGGCUCCAGCUCAACAAUCCUACUCGGCUCCAGCUCAACAAUCCUACUCUGCCCCAGCUCAACAAUCCUACUCUGCCCCAGCUCCAGCCCAACAAUCCUACUCCGCCCCUGCUCCAGCCCAACAAUCCUACUCUGCUCCAGCUGCCGCUGCUCCAGCCCCAGUUCAACAAGCUUACUCUGCCCCAGCUCCAGCUCAAGGUGAUGAUGGUUCUUACAACUACCAACAACCUGCCCCCGUUCAACAAUCUUACUCUGCCCCAGCUCAGCAAAGCUACUCUGCCCCAGCUCAACAAAGCUACUCUGCCCCAGCUCAACAAAGCUACUCUGCCCCAGCUCAACAAUCCUACUCUGCUCCAGCUCAACAAUCCUACUCCGCCCCUGCUGCUGCCCCUGCACCAGUCCAACAAUCCUACUCUGCUCCAGCUGCUGCCCCAGCUCCAGCCCAACAAUCCUACUCUGCCCCUGCUCCAGCCCAAGGUGAUGAUGGCUCCUACAACUAUCAACAACCCGCCCCUGUGCAACAAUCUUACUCUGCCCCAGCCCCAGCUCCAGCUCAACAAUCCUACUCUGCCCCUGCUCCAGCCCAACAAUCCUACUCCGCUCCUGCUGCUGCCCCAGCUCCAGCCCAACAAUCCUACUCUGCUCCAGCUCAACAAUCUUACUCUGCUCCAGCUGCGCCUGCCCCAGCUCCAGUCCAACAAGCUUACUCUGCCCCAGCUCCAGCUCAAGGUGAUGAUGGUUCUUACAACUACCAACAACCUGCCCCCGUGCAACAAUCUUACUCUGCCCCAGCUCAACAGAGCUACUCUGCCCCAGCUGCUGCCCCAGCUCCAGCUCAACAGAGCUACUCUGCCCCUGCCGCUGCUCCAGCACCAGCUCAACAAUCUUACUCUGCCCCAGCUCAGCAGUCCUACUCUGCCCCAGCACCAGCACCCGUCCAACAAUCCUACUCUGCUCCAGCUGCCGCUCCUGCCCCAGCCCAACAAUCUUACUCUGCCCCAGCUGCUACCCAAGCUGAAGAUGGUUCUUACAACUACCAAGGCCCUGCUCCUGCUGCUCCAGUUCAGCAACAACAGUCAUACACUUCCCAAGCUUCUAGCGAAGGUCGUGCUGCUCAAGGCAAUCAAUACUCUGUGCCAGCUCCACAAAAAGUCAGCUUCCCCUCUUCAUCGAGCCAAGAUGUUGGUACCGUUUACGGCCAAAAUGGCGGUUAUGUCUAUAGCAAGUAUUAA